ACCUCUAAAUUUUAGUCACUAUUCUACGGUUUUCUUCCUCAGGUCCAAUCUACAUUUCAAAAAUCUCUUCAUCGUGAACGAGCUAAGUUUUCUGCUACUUUACUUCUCGUCGGCGACGGAAAUCCGAGAUCGGACCGAUGCCCUAGAGUCCCCGAAAGAGGAGGGAGGAGGAGAAGAAAAAUGUCGUAUCAGGGUUUUGGCAAGGCUUCAGGACCAAGCGCACCGCCGAAACUGCAACAUUCUUUCGGAAAUUCAGCAAUUCCUGAUUCAGUUUCUCCCCUGCGCGAUUCUAGCCAACAUGAGGUAUUGGGCAGUAUAGUUCAGUCGCAUUCUAUGGCGUUUCAAACCACUGGUACUGCUUCAAAUCUUCAUCAUCAAUAUCAUAGGCCUGUUUCACCUUCCCCUACAUUUGAGGAUCAGCCAAAGGUGCGAGGAAUUCUUCCCAACUCACAAGCUUAUCAAGUCCGAUCCCCUUCAGGAGGAUCUUAUGAUCAUGAUACAAAUAUUCUAACUGAAUCUGGUAAUGUUCAAGCACCAAAGAGAACCAAAUCUCCAGAGAAACCAUUUGUGAGUCUUCGAUAUGCACAGACUAAUUUGCAAAGACCUUCUACCUCUCCUCCUAGAUCAUUUUCUAGGACAAAUACCCAUGAAGUUGUGGGUUCCAUGAGGAAUAUUGAUGCUGAAUCCGUAGGAACUGGGUCCCCUAGUGUCCCGGUUCCCAAAAGAACAAGGUCACUUGCUUUGCCAUCAUCAGAUCAAGUCUCUGGUGGCAAUUCUCAUCCUACUCACGAUGACACUGAACGAGAAAGGUUAGCUAAGGCAAAGAGACUUGCUCGGUUUAAAGAUGAAUUAGAUGAAGUUACACACAACAAAUUGGGUAGUGUGGAUGUAAGGGAUAAUACAAAUAGAAACGGACAAUCAACAACAGAUAGGGACAAAUACAUGUCAAGUCAAUCUUUGGAGUCAUCAAGAAAUUUGGCUCAUGGGAAUUCUAUGCCUGAUUAUGAAGCUUUGGAAUCUUCAAGCAUAAUAAUCGGACUCUGCCCAGAUAUGUGUCCAGAGUCAGAGAGGGGUGAACGAGAAAGGAAAGGUGAUCUUGACCAUUAUGAGCGGUUGGAUGGGGAUAGAAACCAGACUAGCAAAUUGCUUGCAGUUAAGAAGUAUACCAGAACAGCUGAGCGGGAAGCUAAUCUUAUAAGGCCUAUGCCAGUUUUGCUGAAAACAAUCGAUUAUUUGCUGGAUUUGUUAAGUCAACCCUAUGAUGAAAAGUUCUUAGGAAUAUAUAAUUUUUUAUGGGAUAGGAUGCGAGCCAUUCGCAUGGACCUGAGAAUGCAACAUCUUUUUAAUGAAAAAGCCAUUACGAUGCUGGAACAGAUGAUUCGUCUUCACAUAAUUGCAAUGCAUGAGUUAUGUGAAUUCUCAAAAGGAGAAGGCUUCGCUGAGGGAUUUGAUGCUCACCUUAACAUUGAACAAAUGAACAAAACAUCCGUGGAAUUGUUUCAAAUGUAUGAAGAUCACAGAAAGAGAGGCAUUAUUGUGCCCUCUGAAAAAGAAUUUCGAGGCUAUUAUGCACUUCUCAAGCUGGACAAGCAUCCUGGAUAUAAAGUUGAACCUGCAGAGCUCUCACUGGAUCUUGCAAAGAUGACUCCUGAGAUGCGACAGACUGCAGAAGUCAAAUUUGCCCGUGAUGUUGCUAGAGCUUGUAGGACAAGUAACUUUAUCGCAUUCUUUCGGCUUGUGAGGAAAGCAAGUUAUUUACAAGCAUGCUUAAUGCAUGCUCACUUUGCAAAGUUGCGAACACAGGCUCUUGCAUCAUUGCACUCUGGUGUUCAGAAUAACCAAGGACUGCCAAUUGCCCAUGUCCGUAAGUGGAUUGGGAUGGAGGAAGAAGAUAUUGAAGGCCUUUUAGAGUAUCAUGGUUUUUCGAUUAAAGUAUUUGAAGAGCCUUAUAUGGUUCGAGAAGGUCCAUUUCUUAGUAGUGACAAAGACUUUGCUACCAAGUGUUCAAAACUUGUUCACUUGAAGAGGUCAAAUAUGAUAGUAAACGAUGUCUCACCGAAGAGUAAGAAUGAAUACUUGAUCAGUGGUGCUACUAAAAAGAUCCCAUUGACAAAGAAGAGUAAAAGUGAAUACUUGAUCCCUGGUGCUACUAAACAGAUCCCAUUGACAAGGACUAAGAAGGAAUCAAAGACAUUUUCGUUUGGAAAGAUUGGUUCUCCCCGACCCAUAGCGACUGAAAAAGAAAGUUCUGUGCAUGAAAUAGAUGAAGAAAUGACUGAAUUUGAUGAUCAGUCGGUUCCAGCAGAUCACAAGCAAGUGCAACCAAUAAUUGAAAUGUCGGAAGUUUGCCAAUUGCAUGAAUAUAACCAUGAGGCAAAUGGCGCUCUCCUACAAUCUGGUCCCAGAUCAUGUGAACCAUCGAGGACUGAAGUUAAAUUUGUUGGCAAUCAAGGCUAUGAUGGUCUUUUCAUGACCUCUCCAGCUAGAAACAAUUCUGCUAGGAUCGGAUUGUCUUUACCACUUGUAUCAGACGCGUCGCAUCAAAAGAUACCUACUUGUGGAUAUAAUGAUAAUACAAUUAGAAGCGCUAAACCCGAGAGCAUAGUCAAUAAUGUGAUGGAAGAUGAAGAAAUUUUGAAUGCCACUCAGGAAAAUAAACAUGAUAUUGUUAUAGAAAGUUGUCCGGAUGAAGAAAUUGCAGAUGCAAGACUCAAGUUGAUCUUAAGGUUAUGGAGACGCCGAGCUUUAAAGAGAAAACAAUUACGUCAACAAAGAUUAUUAGCGGCUGAAGCUGCAUUUAAUACAUUGUCAGUGGGACCACCAAUCCAAUUGAAUAACCAUAAAAUUAAAAGUAUUGGCAUAUUCGACAUUGAUCACAUCGUGAGAGAAAGAUGGAAAAGGCAGAAACUGUCAUGGUCCGUUGUUAAUGUUUCAGAAGUAGUAGCUAGCAUUCUAAGCAGAAGGAAUGUGGAAGAGAAAUGCAUUUGCUGGAAACUUGUUGUCUGCUCUCAAAGGACCGAGGAUUCUCAUUUUGCAGCAGGUUCUUGGUUGCUUUCGAAGCUUAUGCCCUCUAAAGCUAAUGAUCUAAUUUUCUCAUCUUCUUUUCUUUCCAUUUGGAAGAGUUGUCUCUUAGACGAAACUGGUGUGGAUUUAAGUUGUUUCUUGUCCAUAGUUAGACAUGCAAAUUUUGGUAAUCUUCCAGAGACAGUGCAUGGGGCAAGUGCGGUUUUAUUCGUUGCAACUGAAAGCAUCCCUCUAGAUCUUCAAAGAGUCCAACUCCACAAGCUACUGGCAUCAAUACCUUCUGGAUCUUGUUUGCCUCUUCUAAUUUUGAGUGAUUUUCAUGACGAGGUCUCCGCCUCACUGGCAAACAAACUCGACUUAUACGAUAUUGAUAAAUCAAGGAUACACAGUUUUCAGGUCGUUUCACUCUUGGAUAACCCUCAUUUGAGGCAUUUGGGAUUUUUCAGCGAUGAGAAACUGAAGGAAGGAUUGAAGUGGCUAGCAAAUGAGUCGCUAUCACAACCUGUUCUUCACCGAGUCAAAGUGCUUGACUUGAUUAUUUCCCACUUGGAUUUGUCUAUGGAGGUGCUUGAUUCUAUGAAUGAAAAAGACGUUUCUCCAAACCACUGUAUCUCAGCAUUUAAUCUAGCCUUGGAUCAGUCAGUUGCGGAUAUUACAGCUGCUGUCAAGGCAAAUCCUUCAAACUGGCCUUGUCCUGAGAUCGCUUUGUUGGAGUCUUGUAACGAACCGGCAUUUAUGACUGAUGCUUUGCCUCCUGUAGGAUGGAGUUUGGUAGAAAAUGUUGAACCUCUUAAGCAGGCUUUGAUGGGCCUUAAGCUUCCAACUUUUCCUGAUAUUUCCUGGUUGACCAAAUGCUCAAAUACGAUCAAAGAGAUACCUACUGUAAGAGAUAAUCUGGAAAGUUGCUUGAGAUGUUAUCUAACCCAAACUAGUGAGAUCAUGGGACAACAACUUGCCUUGGAAGAGGCUCAUAUAAUGCUCCAAAAAUGUGCUAAACUUGAGCUCCAUAAUUUCAACUAUUUCAUUGUUCCACAUUGGGGGACAAUUUUUAGACGGAUUUUCAGUUGGAGGUUGAGGUAUUUUCCCAGCAGAUCCUCUUAUGUUCAUAUUGUGAAUUGCUGCCACGGUGCAUCUGUAUCAAGUAGCGUUAGGCUCGAAAGUAGGGAACGUCCAUCAUAUCGUCCUAACCAACCACUUUUAGAUGAAGUAAUUGAAGUAGCUUGCAGUUCCCUCUCAAUUGAUCAGGAGAGACACUUUUCAGAAGCUCAUCAGCCUCUUGCAACCAUAACCUCAAAUAGCAGGCCUUGUGAAGUUGUCAUUAGAGCAAUCGAUUUUGCAAACGAUGAUAGUAAUAGCACUCGACAGAUCGGUUUUGUUAGUUCCGAGAGCUUACCUAAUUUGGGUCGGGAACUAACUUGUACGGGUAAAGAACUAGUCAUCAGUGGCACAGGAUAUUCAGAAGCAGCAAGACUAAAGGAGUUGUUGGAUCAGUGUAACAAACGACAGGAUGCCAUAGAAAAAAUGUUGUCUAUUUAUUUUUAAUUCUAACAUUCGUUUUGUAAAUUUUUACUAAUAGUGUAAUGAUGAUGAUGUAGAAUUUUGUGAGAAGAUGUGCGGAACUUUACCUUCAAAUUUUGAACAAUUCUCUCGGUAGCAACUUUGUAAUCAAUGAAAUCAAUACAUAUUUUUCUACAUAAUGAUAAUA